UUGUGAAAAAACAGGUUGAGCAACCAGCCUUAAGAGCUUCAAUAGACUAUUUUCAAUAAAGACAAGCUGGUAAAAGCAACCGUUAAAAUGUUGCUAAUAAGUCAAGUUCUUAUAGUAUUGGCUGUAUUUCUUCUAAUUAUGCAGUUUUUUAAGUUGCAACAAGUACGGAGACGGCUUCCUCCUGGACCAAUCCCUCUCCCAAUUUUUGGGACCUUGAUACAGCUGAACUUUCAGUUUAAUCGUGAUCUCCUCAUGAAGCAGGCAAAAAUUCAUGGCAACAUAUUCACCUUAUGGUUUGGAUGGGCCCCAGUGAUCGUACUGAAUGGAUAUCAAGCAGUUAAGGAUGGUAUGACCACGCACCCUGAAGAUGUUUCUGGAAGGCUAGUGACUCCUUUCUUCAGAGCAAUGGCCAAAGGAAAAGGGAUUAUGUUGGCAACUGGUCACACCUGGAAGCAGCAGAGAAGGUUUGCACUGAGGACUCUACGCGACCUUGGUCUGGGGAAAAGAGGUCUGGAGCAUCGAGUUCAAGAAGAGGCCAAAUACCUGGUAGCCUUCUUUGCAAGUAUGAAAGGGAAACCUCUGGAUCCUUCUUUCCCUAUCGUUCAUUCUAUCUCAAAUGUAAUUUGUGCUGUCGUUUUUGGACAUCGCUUCUCCAGAGAGGAUGAAGGUUUCCAUGAACUGAUUAGAGCCACAGAGCAUCUGUUCAAAUUUGGAGGCAGCUUUAUUCAUAAUCUGUAUGAAAUAUUCCCCUGGUUGAUGUGCCAUCUCCCCGGUCCUCAUAAGAAGGCAUUGUCUUGCUAUGACAUCCUGAGCUCUUUUACAAGGAGAGAGAUCAGAAUGCACAUGGAGCGUGGGAUACCAGAUGAACGGCAGGAUUUCAUUGACUUUUACCUGGAUCACAUUGACAAAUCCAAAGAUGAACCCAGGUCCACAUACAAUGAAGACAACAUGGUUUAUUCUAUAAAUGACCUUUUCUUGGGUGGAUCAGAGACAACAAGCACUACUUUGAACUGGGGCCUGCUCUAUAUGGUGGCAAAUCCAGACAUUCAAGAGAAAGUGCAGAAGGAGCUGGAUGCCGUUCUGGGUCCUUCCCAGUUAAUCUGCUACGAGGAUCGGAGAGAACUGCCCUACACAAAUGCUGUGGUUCAUGAGAUCCAACGCUUCAGCAACAUUGUCUCAGUUGGUAUGCCCAGAGUGUGUGUGAGGAACACUACAUUGCUUGGCUUUCCCCUCAAAAAGGGCACCAUAGUUCUUCCAAAUAUUGCUUCGUCUUUGUAUGACCCAGAGCAAUGGGAAACACCUCAACAGUUCAACCCUGGUCACUUCUUGGAUAAGGAUGGGAACUUUGUGAGCCAAGAAGCCUUUUUACCAUUCUCUAUAGGGCAUCGUGUGUGUUUGGGGGAGCAUCUAGCGAGGACCGAGCUCUUUAUUUUCUUUGCCAACCUGCUGCGGGCAUUCACCUUCCAGCUCCCCGAGGGGGUGACGAAGAUCAACACAGAGCCUAUUUUAGGGGGUACGCUGCAGCCGCACCCAUACAGAGUUUGUGCCAUUCCACGCUAGGGUGGACAUGUGCAGUAUGUCACAAACAGUCUAUUAAGCAAUCUUAUUUACUUUUGUGAAUGUAUAUUUUGAGACCAUAUAAGGUUUUUGUCUUGGAUAUGAAUUUUUGCUCCAAAGGCCACCUUUUGUCUACAACAGGUGAUUUUGUUCAGACCCUGUUACCCGCUCUUGAAGGUGAUUUUU